AACAGGCCUUCUGUCAUCUGUCGCUGGACGACUGACGUUUACCACUUGCUCUGUGCUUCCUCUUUUCGUUUGUGACUGAAUCGACGAGAACAUCCAAAAUGGUAAACGUACCGAAGCAGCGCCGUACGUACUGCAAAAAGUGCAAGGUUCACCGCGUGCACAAGGUGACGCAGUACAAGAAGUCCAAGGAACGACAGGCUGCCCAGGGUCGUCGUCGUUACGAUCGUAAACAGAAGGGUUUCGGUGGUCAAACCAAGCCCAUCUUCAGGAAGAAGGCCAAGACCACCAAGAAAAUCGUGCUGCGUAUGGAAUGUGUCGAGUGCAAGUACCGCAAACAGACCCCACUGAAGCGCUGCAAACACUUCGAGCUCGGCGGUGACAAGAAGCGCAAGGGACAGAUGAUCCAGUUCUAAGCUGUUAUCUAUCGCCUCCAGAACGUGCGUUGGCGCAUUCGGUUGUACGAACGCAUCUUUCUGAAAAAAAGCAUCGGGAAUAAAAGAUCAGCCCCUGUCCCCGGCGUCCGCGACGAGCAAGGGAUGAUGUGAGGAAGAACAAUUCAAACGCCUGUAC